CGCCUUGUGUUCAUGAUGGUACAUGUUCAUCCAAGGCGUGUGCGACCUGUGACUCAGCAGCGCUGUGCUCCUCUCUUACAGGGCGUCAGGCUGUACUGCCGCCUCCACAGCCUCCACACGCCCGUCAUCAAGGACAGAGACCACCAUCUGAAAACCUUUAAAUCUGUUUUGCCUGCUUGCAAACUGGUGGACUGGUUAAUCUCACAGGGAGACUGCUCCAACAGAGAGGAUGCUGUGACACUGGGUGUGGGGCUCUGCAACAGUGGCUACAUGCACCACGUUUUGGAAAAGAGUGAGUUUAAAGAUGACUCGCAGUUCUUCCGUUUCUAUGCUGAUGAAGAAAUGGAGGGAACCGGCACCAAGAGCAAGCAGCUGCAGCGAAAUGACUUCAAACUCAUAGAAAACAUCCUGGCCAAGUCCCUGGUGAUUCACCCUGAGGAGGAAGACUACGGCUUCAAGAUCGAGGAGAAAAACAAAGCUAUUGUGGUGAAAUCUGUCACCAGGGGCUCACACGCAGAGAUGGCUGGCCUGCAGGUGGGCAGGAAGAUCUACACCAUCAACGAGGAUCUGCUGUUCCUCCGGCCGUUCUCCGAGGUGGAGGCCAUGAUCAACCAGGCCUUCUGCAUACGACGCUCUCUGCGGCUGCUGGUCGCCACCAAAGCCAAGGAGAUUGUGAAGAUCCCUGACAACCCAGAAAGCCUCUCCUUCAGGCUGUCAGGGUCGGAACCGCCACACGUCCACGCUGUGAGGAAAGGUGAGACCAGCUGGAGGAGACUAAGAGAUUCCAGACUGACCUGUUUCUGAGAUGUUGGGGCAGAA